ACGAGGCCCAGCCCGCCACGGCCUGGCCCGUCUAUACAGCCAGCCCUCUGGAGCGGGAGCCCGAGGACUCGCCGGCCUAAUCGCUGCGCGGCCCGGGAUGGGGCCUCGCUCCGGGGUGCGCCGCUGCCCAGUCCCGGGGACCCUCUCCGCCGCUGGGAUCUGAAGCGCGGCCGCUCCUGGGAGGGUGGACGGCCAGGCGCUGGGGGUGGUGAACCGCUGGGUGACCUUGGCAGGGCCGAUCUGGCUCGGCCGUCACGACGCGCAGAUGUUUUCAAGUCAGCAAACAUUUACUGAGCACCUACUAUGUACAAGAUGAAUAUCUGCAACAAACCCUCCAACAAGACAGCCCCUGAGGAGAAUGUGUGGACAGCACCUGCACAGGCUAGUGGACCUUCCCCGGAGCUGCAAGGCCAGCGGUCCCGCCGGAAUGGGUGGAGCUGGCCCCCUCACCCGCUCCAGAUUGUGGCCUGGCUGCUGUACCUCUUCUUCGCUGUGAUCGGCUUUGGGGUCCUUGUUCCCCUCCUGCCUCACCACUGGGUGCCCGCUGGCUAUGCUUGCAUGGGCGCCAUCUUUGCUGGCCACCUUGUGGUACACCUGACUGCUGUCUCCAUCGAUCCAGCAGAUGCCAACGUACGGGACAAGAGCUAUGCAGGGCCCUUGCCCAUCUUCAACCGCAGCCAACAUGCGCAUGUCAUUGAAGACCUGCACUGCAAUUUGUGCGACGUUGAUGUGAGCGCUCGCUCCAAGCACUGCAGUGCCUGCAACAAGUGCGUGUGCGGCUUCGACCACCACUGCAAGUGGCUCAAUAACUGUGUGGGCGAAAGGAACUACCGGCUCUUUCUACACAGUGUGGCAUCUGCCUUACUGGGUGUCCUGCUCCUUGUGCUGGUGGCCACUUAUGUCUUCGUGGAGUUCUUUGUCAACCCCAUGCAGCUGCGCACCAACCACCACUUUGAAGUCCUGAAGAAUAACACAGAUGUGUGGUUUGUGUUCCUGCCUGCUGCCCCCGUGGAGACCCAGGCUCCUGCUAUCCUAGCCCUGGCUGGCCUACUCAUCCUCCUGGGCCUGCUCUCCACAGCCCUGCUCGGCCACCUACUCUGCUUCCACAUUUAUCUCAUGUGGCACAAGCUCACUACCUAUGAGUACAUCGUGCAGCAUCGUCCGCCACAGGAGGCAAAGGGGGCCCAAAGGCAGCUUGAGUCAUGUCCCCCCAAGAUGCGGCCCAUUCAGGAGAUGGAGUUCUACAUGCAGACCUUCAGCCAUGUGCGCCCAGAAGCCCCUGGCCAGGCCAGGCCUGCCUCAGUGAAUGCCAAUCCCUCUGGCUUUCUUGCUACUGGCAGCCAAGUGGAGCCUCCACCGCCCUCAUCCCCAGAGACUAUCGCUCUGCCCCCAGGAAUCCGACCCCAGAAAAAGAGGAAGCGGCGUGUUUACAAGGUGCAGACCUCUGGGACCUUGGAUCUGGAGCCCCAGCUGCCCAGACUGCCAGAGCCCAGGGUGCCGGGCUGCAGCUCCAGCUCGUCGUCGGAUUCCACAGGUGCCAGCCCAGUGCAUGCUGCUGGCCCUGCAGACGCAUACCACUCGGCGUCGGCGGAGUCCAUGGACGAGAUUCCGGUGGCUCAGACGCGCCUGGGUAGCGCCGCUCUGGCCGCCCCCGGGGACAGGUGCCGAGAGUCCGGGCUGGCGCUGCAGGCGCGUGUGCCCGCAGUUUUCGUGAGUCCGAGCAGUGGCAAGCCCAGGGAGCAAGACGGCCAGGAGGCCGGUCUGGCUUAGCUGGGCCGAGAGGCCGAAGGGCCGAGGAGAAGCGGCCGGCCCGACUCUCUAUGCAACACCCAACCCUCGCCGUGGGAAUGCACUUUAGGAGACCCUAGGGCUGCGGGAUCGGCCCCCUCCCCCAUGACUCAGCAAUACCCGCCCCACCGGCCAUGAUGCUCCAAUAAACCUUUUUUAUGCUUUUGCGGA